CAAGACAUCCCACCAUAGUUUCUAAAUAUCAAACAUUACAAAAGAACAACUAUCUAAGUUCCCUUUGAAAAAACAAGAGAAACAAAAAUGGUGGCUUUGACGGCAGAGAAGCAAGAUCGGAAACUACUUUCGAGAAUAGCCGCUGGUGACGGUCACGGCGAGAAUUCAGCUUAUUUUGAUGGCUGGAAAGCUUAUGAAGAAAACUCGUUUCACCCAAUUGAUAGACCCGAUGGAGUUAUUCAGAUGGGUCUCGCUGAAAACCAGCUUUGUGGAGAUUUGAUGCGUAAAUGGGUUUUAGAACAUCCAGAAGCAUCGAUUUGUACACCAGAAGGUGUUGAUCAAUUCAGCGACAUUGCAAUAUUCCAGGACUAUCAUGGCUUGCCUGAAUUUAGACAAGCUGUAGCGAAAUUUAUGGAGAAGACAAGAAACAACAAAGUUAAGUUUGAUCCUGACCGGAUUGUUAUGAGCGGCGGCGCAACCGGCGCACAUGAGACAGUUGCUUUCUGUCUAGCCAAUCCCGGCGACGGUUUCUUAGUUCCUACUCCUUAUUAUCCAGGGUUUGAUAGAGAUUUAAGAUGGAGAACCGGAGUGAAUCUUGUACCGGUUACUUGUCACAGCUCUAACGGCUUUAAGAUCACGGUGGAAGACUUGGAAGCUGCGUACGAAAAUGCGAACAUUCCGGUUAAGGGUUUACUCAUAACCAAUCCUUCGAAUCCUCUUGGUACGACAUUAGACCGGGAUUGCUUGAAAUCUCUGGUUAACUUCACCAAUGACAAAGGGAUUCACCUCAUUGCGGAUGAGAUUUAUGCCGCAACUACUUUUGGUCAAUCAGAGUUCAUCAGUGUGGCAGAAGUGAUCGAGGAGAUCCCUGAUUGCAACCGCGAUUUGAUCCAUAUUGUAUAUAGUCUUUCCAAAGACAUGGGUUUGCCUGGUCUAAGAGUCGGUAUAAUAUACUCUUACAAUAACCGGGUGGUUAACAUUGCAAGGAAAAUGUCAAGUUUUGGUCUGGUCUCAACCCAAACACAGCAUCUGAUUGCUAACAUGUUAUCUGACGAAGACUUUGUUGACCAGUUCCUCCGCGAGAGCAAAUUACGGUUAGCUGCAAGACACGCAGAGUUAACCAUUGGUUUAGACGGUCUAGGCAUUGGUUGGUUGAAGGCAGGAGCCGGAUUGUUCAUAUGGAUGGAUUUAAGAAAUCUUCUGAAGACCGCUACAUUCGAAUCAGAGACCGAGUUAUGGCGUGUGAUCGUCCACAAGGUGAAGCUUAAUGUUUCUCCAGGCGGCUCGUGCCAUUGCCACGAACCAGGAUGGUUUAGAGUAUGUUUUGCAAACAUGGACCACAAGACAAUGGAGACGGCACUAGAGAGGAUCAAAGUGUUCACUAGUCAACUUGAAGAAGAGAGCCUGAACCGGACAAAACCGAUGGCAAAGAAGAAGAAGUGUUGGCAGAGUAGCCUGCGGUUGAGCUUUAAGGACACGAGACGGUUUGAGGAUGGCUUCUUCUCUCCUCAUUCACCGGUUUCACCUUCCCCGCUUUUACGUGCACAGACAUAAGACCGUUUCAGUUUUUGACUAGACCAGUCGCUGUAAUUUGUAAGAUCAUAACAUUGAUCGUUUACGUGUUGUCUCUGAUUUACUCGUAACUCUUUUACUAUCAAGUUGAAUAUUCUUACAAUGUACAUGUUGUAAGUUUAAUCGGUUGAAUAUUAAUACAUAUUAGAAAUCAGAAUUUCUUUAACA